UGUGCUUCUAUCCUGAUGGAGGCCACUAAUGUAUGGUGAUGGAUUACACAUAGGUAAUGAUCUCAAGUGAUCAGCUAAAUAUUGAACUAACAGCCACCGAUGAUGUGGGCAUGUUCCAUCCCCCACACAAUAACAAGUGGUCAGAGGUGGAAUUCAAAUUGAAGUUGGCGGACUGUGAUAAUUGAUGCAGCCAGCUAUGAGAACAGCCAACAUUUUUUGGAUGCUGGCCAGCUGUUGCACCUGUAUCUGUCAUCUGUAUGUUGCAGCUUCAUAACUGCAGUUAGCAAAUGAUUUUUUCUUGUUUGUGUUGGCUGUUGUAAAAUAUUGUGACCAUGGAUGGAAAGAUGGAGUUGGUGAGACAAACACCACAGAGGAAGAACAAGGUGGCAUGUCUUAAGAAGAGGAAGAACAGGAUGGUUCCCAACUACUUGCCUUCUAUCAGUGCAGCUAUUGGUGGUUUUACUCCUCAACGAUAUGUGUGGCGAGCAUGUAUUGGGCUUCAUUGUGCUCCUCGCUUUUUAGUAGCAUUUACAUAUUAUAACUUCCACAUGUCUGUCAGGCUGGCUGAGAAGAACAAACUGUACGGACAUUUAGCAGCCAUUGCAUGUGUGUUGCACAUAAUUGAAAAUUUAGCUUUAUUAGGUCUCACUUAUGUAGCAUCAAAUGAAAACCACUAUGCUCAUGAAAAGUUUUUCAUCACAUUUCUUGUAUCUUCUUUGUGUUAUAUGCUGUUGACUAUAAUUCUAGUGAAAUGGGGCCGCACAUACGAUGGCAGGACGAUGUCUGCAAGAGAAAGGAAAUCUUAUUCAACCAAAUUUACCUUAUUUGUGUUCAACAUAUCAUGUUGUUUCAUUGCUGCUUACGUGUAUUGGCGACAUAAUAAAUACUGCGAACCAGGAGUGUAUUCUAUCUUUGCCUUGAUUGAGUAUCUGAUGGUAUUUUCAAACAUCACAUUCCAUGGCUACACUUGGCUUCUUGACUAUAAUGGUUAUAACCUAUGCCUCAUAGCAGAUGGUAGCCUGGUGGAGAACAAGGAAAAGAAAACUUGAUUCCUUUACAUGCACACAUGCAUGCACAUAAUAUAUGUACCACUUAAGAUAUAAGGAAUUUUAGUUCAGUGUUAAUUAGCUAUUUUCAUUAGUUAUUUUUCUUCUGUAUUAUAUUUUCUCUCAUAUAAUGCGUGUAUAUGUAUAUACAUAUAUAUAUGUGUGUGCGUAUAUGUAUAUACAUGCAUAUAUAUGUGUGUGUGAAGAAGUAAAAGCUGUGAUUCUACACCUCUCUACACCAACUUUUACAUCUCCAGUUUCUAUAGCAACUGACUUGUGACCAAAAGUAGAGAUACAAAGCUCAAAGUAACAAUUAUGUAAAAUCUCACUUUAAAAAAAAUUUAUUUAUUGUUGUUGUUAUUAACUCUGUUAUGUAUUGACUAAUCUUGCUUCCCAUGUAUAUUUGCACGUGCACACACACACACACACACACAUCAGGAAGAAUAGCAGGCAGCUUCAACUACUAUGAAAUAUGUAUCGCAUUUGUUUUGGCAAAUAUUUUUUCAUUACCAUUUAAUUUUUUUCAAAAAUGUCAAUGGAAAAUUGCACUCAUCAUUACAUUUUAAAAUAAACAUCUUGUUAUUAAUUCAACAUUAUUGCAUGCAUACAUGCAUACAUAAAUAUAUAUAUAUAUAUAUAUAUAAACUCAAUUUUACAGUAAGUGUAUUUUACUGCCAACAAAUUGUUGUGCUUUUCUCUCCACAAAGAAAUUUAUUUACUUGUCAAUAGUUGUUUUGACUAUUAUUAUAAGCUUGUAACGUUUUUACUAAAACUGUUAUAAUAAUGCCUUUAUUAUAUUUGUUUUGCAAAAGAUCUGAACUGAUGUCACAUAUUGAAACUAUUAAGUUACUAAAGAAAGGGGACAUAUACUAUGUGGAAGUUUUAUAUUCAGUAAAUGGAUAUCUCUUUUAGAAUACCAUUAAUUCUGUUUAUUAUUUUUUUUACUUUGAAGUGUUGUAGUAUAGAAAUGUUGCUGGGUUUAGAAAGUAUUGUCUUGUUAAAAAGCAAACAAACCCAAAGUAAAAUCCUAAUUUACAUAUGAAUUAGAAUAUUUCAGUAUUGAAAAUGUCAACAUGUUUUAUAAUACAAGUGUCACAGUCGAAGCUGUUGAUGUUACCAGCAACUCAAGUAGUUGCCUGGGAUGUGAUGUGCUUAAAGAAGCGUUGUGGUUUGGGUGCUAUGUCAUGUUUAAUAUGUUUCAAGAAAUACACAGGGAAAAAUAUGAAAGUAGAAAAAUGAAAUAAAACAUUCUUACAUUUGAUAAAUCAUUAGAAAUUUGUUUAUUUCUAGUUGUGAGGGUGCUGAAAUUCAGUUUACUCAGGUGCCAUCAUCCUAGACCUGAUCAUGUAUACAGGAACUGAUAGGUAUUAUUGACAGGGAUGUCGAGCCAAUGAAUCCAUAUCCACUCUUAGGUCAGUUUUAGAUGAUACAACUGCAGCAGCUGCUGCUACUACUAAAACCAUAAAAACCAUAACCAAUAAUAAUGGUAAUAAUAAUCCUACCAUAUUUGUUUUUUUUUACUCUGGAUUGUUGUACACUUGUGUAGUUCCUCUCUAUAUAUGUGUAUAUUUGGACACACACACACGUGUGUGUUGUGUGCAGAGACAGGCAUGGCUGUAUCGUGAAGAAGUUUGCUUUGAAAUUGCAUGGUUCCAGAUUCAAUUUUACUGCAUGGCACCUUCAGCAGCUGCCUUCUACUUUAGCCUUGGGUUGAUCAGUACUUUGGUUGAUGGACAUUUUGUAGAAGCACAUCAACUGUAUGUUUGUGUGUAUGGCUGUAUGUAUACAUAUACAUAUAGGCCCCUUGUUAAUGUCAACAGGCUGUGAGUUCAGUCCUUUUACUUUUAGAACAAACCAUGCCCAAUUGUGACAAACUGGCCCAGUGGUUAUUGUACAGGACUACUUAAAAAGUCCCCUGUUCAAAUCUACUGCUUGCAUUUCAUUUGUAUCAUUGGAUAAAACUUAUAAUUUUGUACCCCUUGGUUUACCUAGCAGAUAGAAAUAUAUGCAAGACAUUCUGGGAAUCUUAUUUUUGAGAGAAUGCCGUCUUAGUAGGGGUGGUAUUUAUCUCUCCCUCACUCACUUCACACCCUGCAAUUAGCACUGCUCACUGUUCUUAGUGAGCUUUUUUAGGCUGGCUUUGAAGAUAUUUAUUUAUUUUUUUAUAAAUUCCUUCCCCACCGAUUGUCCUCAUUCCUUAUCUCCACCAUAUUAUUCACUAAUGAUUCUGUGAAGGGUCAAAGCUUUAUCUAAAUCUGUGUGAUAUUUACUGUAACAUUAUUGAAACAAACAGGAAUUUAAUUCCAGUUUUCUUCAAAAAUCUACAAUAAACUGUAUAAAUCUAUUAUUAUUAUUAAGAAUAAGUAUUUAUCUUUGCUUGAAGUUUUUUAAAAUUGCUAAGAUGAAUAGCAUUUUUACGGACAGUUUGUGCUUUUGUGUGAUACUAGAUAUUUUUACAAGAAUAUGAAUUCUAAUUUUCAUAAGAAAUGGGUAGAGUUGGGUGGAAAGUGCUUAUAUAUUUAUCUUUUUUUCUUUUUUUCCAUAGAUCAUAAUUUGAUAUUUUUAACAUCUGAAUUAUAAGAAUCACAAAAGUCUAUCAGAUUGCUUUUUUCGCCCCCUUUCUUUUGCUUCCAUUAAAUCUGAACUUUUGAGUCUAUUCCAAAAAAUUGGUAUGCAGUUCAAUUUAUUAUUAUUUUUUUUUGUGUGUGUGUGUGUGUGUGUGUGUGUGUGUGAUUACUAUAUUUGUGUGAUGGCAUGAUGUUUUACUUCAUAUUAUUACUAAACAGUUUAAAAAAUUAAUAAAAACCAAAAAAAUAACAGAGAAAAAAUUUCAAAAUACCAUAUCUGUUGGGUGCCACCUGAUUGGCAUCCUGAAUCAGGUAUCCUGCCAUUUCUUGAUAUGUUGUUGUCUUGGCAUUUUACAGAUUAAAAACUGUCUGUACCUAACUGAAAAUAGGUUCCAUUGAGAGGCACAGUUAACUGGAUUAUUGUUUUCGAAUACAAUGAUUAUCUCAAAUCCUCCCAUAAGGCUGGAAAAAGGCAACUGAAAUGUUCUCUGCUGUGUUCUUUUCCCUUGAAAUCACCAUUGCACAAAGACUAUACUCUCAAGGAUGUACUAACAUAUCAGUGCAGAAGAAGAAUGGUAGGAUGGAUAAAAUUAUUGCAUUGCCAACUCAGAAGUUUGGAGUUCAGUACAUGACACAUAUUUCAUUGUAUUUUGGCAGUUGGGGAAUGGGUUAUCGAGGAAUGUUGACUGUGUCAGACUUACAUUGUAUCCAAGGAGAGAUUUAUCUCUUUAGUUAGUACUAGUCCUUGCAAGCCUCUUCAUUUUGGGUGGGAUAUUUUUAGCAUUUUACUACAUUCCAGAAGGCUACUGGACAUUACUUUAACAAAAAGGAGACAAAUAAUCUCUGAUAAACAUUUUUUACAUAUAAUCUGAAUUUAAUAAUUCUUUAAUUAAUAAAGCAUGACCAUCAAAGUCAAAUAAGUAUGGAUCUCUUCAUUAAAUUUGUUUCCGUUUUAUAUUUUUUUAAAUAGAAAUUAUGUGUAUUGUAAGACAGUAUUAUUAAUUUUCAAAAAAAUAAUUUUUUUCUAUUAUUUAUAAUGUAUCUCUGUAAUCAUGUUUGUGGUUAACUAAUUAUUGCAAUUAAUGUUGAUUGCUGUAAAGUUCCAUGUUGAGUUAACUUUUUCUAACAGUGUCUGUAUAUAUAAUGAGCAAUGUUUACAAAUGUUUUUUUUUUAUUAUAAAUAAUAUUAUGUAAUGAUCUUAGAUUGAUUGCUAUAUCAACUCCUACCUUCAGAUCUGUCACUUUGACUAAAGUAUCUUUUUUUUUUAUAAAUCUUUAUUCACAAUUUAUCACCAUUUAAUCUGCCAGUUUGUAUACACUCUAUCACAUGUAAAUAGCAUUUUUUUCUUUUUAUUCCCAGUCAGUUUGACAAAAUCAGAGAACCGUGAAAAUGAUUUAAAACAAAUUGUUUAUUUAUUACUAUUUUAGUACAUCAUUUAUAAAAAAAAUACUUUAUUUUAAAAUUUUGUACACAUUUUAUAUUUUGUGUGGCAUAUAUGUGAAACAUGUUUUGAAGAAGAAAAUCUCUCAAUGUUUUAUUCUCCUUUAUGUUCUACACUACCAUUGCAUGUGAAACACAGUUAUGAUGAGAAUAUGACUAAGGUACAUCUAGAAUAUAUCUAUUAAACAUAAUUACCAGCGAGAUUGUAAUUAUGGUGAAAUAUAGUUACAGUGAGAGCUUGACAUGUGAGUACAUGUUCAUAGACAUACAAGUAAGUUCCAUGUAUGUCUAUAAAACAUAGUGAGACUAUGAUUUUUUUUUUUGGUAGUUUUUUUUUUUUGUUGUCUUAGUGAAGGACCUGAGACACAAAACCCAUGACAUUUCUUUUACAAAAUCUCCAAGAUGUUUGGAGAUAGGGAGGAAGAAAUCACUUCUAUGGGUUGCUGUAGUAGAAAACAGAGUGUCAAGGUAUGGAGUUUUUCUCAAACAUUCAGAGCUGGUCUGAUUGUUUCCAGCAGAGUGGAAACGCCCAUGGUGGUGUUAAACUAAUUAAGUCUACUCCACCAUGUAUUCCAUAUCUGUGAGAUUGUGUGGUAUGUGACUGUAGAGAUGAGAUGAUUAAAUGGAUAAUUAAGGGAGAUCGAGUCUUGUAGGAGAUAAGAAUAAAUCUCCUUUUGGAUAGGACAUCAAACUAUCUCACUAUGAAUUAUCUAAUGUAGCCUUAUGAAUAAUUGUUGAUGGUAAGAAACAGGUGGAACAAGACUGCUAGCAACAGUUGAAAGCACCUGAUAGAAAAAGAUCUUUGUUCUGUAUUUAUUGAAGUUAUGAUUAUAUUUAUUGUACUGUUGUAACAUUUGGAAAAUAUAAAAAAAGUGGGGGAAUGGUGAAUAUACAGCUAUUAUUUUGAAGUGUCUGUUUCUAUAGUUAAGAUCAGCGGUUAACUUGGAGAUAACAUACUUAGGAGUUACCCACAGUAACUCACAAUAUCACUAGAAUAUAAGGUUUUUUGUGUAAGCAGAAACUUACAGUAAUUCGUACUACAGGUAGUUAUGUAAAAGCAAGGUAACUGUACUGUUAUAUAAUAUUAUAUACUAUAUAAUAUAGUAGUGAUAUGUGUUAUAAUAAUAACAGAACUGUAACUGUAAUAUAACUGUAUCAUGAGAAAACUAAAAUUCUCUUAACUGUUCCUUGUUUAAAAUUUCAUUUCAUUAAUUUUAUUUGGUUGAAUUUUUAAGAGUUAAAUUUUAGUGAUUGUAGAAAUGGGUUUUGAAUAACUAUUUUGGUUGUUAUUGCUGUGAAUGAUAUUAGUUUUUCUACAUUAUUGAAAUAGUUUUGUAGUUACUGAAAUGAAUGAAACUGUGUAUGUAUUAUUUUGUUUGGUCUAUUUGCUUCCAAACAUUUGUUUUUCAAUUAAUUUUUCUUCUUACACUGGCAUGAGUUGGAUGACUGUGCAAAUUUAAACCUCUUCCUAAUGUAACUAAUAUUGAAUAUCAGCUUGAAUAACACUUGCAGAUCAAAUUUGAGUGGCACUAGCACAGCAGAUCGAAGUAUAUGACCUGAUAUUUCAGGUCAACAUAUAUUAACAUGAAUAUGCUGUUUUGAUUUUUAAGUAGCCUUCAAUUCACUUAACUGCAGCUUUCCCCUCUACAAAUCCUAAGCUUCAAAAGAUUAUAUUUUAUUUAAUGAAAAUAUGGUAAUGUAUAUAAGAAUUAUUCUUCCCCACACUUGUUCAUAUUAUCUUAUAUGUAUCUAAAUAGUAUAGUAUAUACAUUCAUACACAUCCAUGCACUCAUACAUACACACAUAUCAUAAUAUCAUCUGUUAAGCAACUGAAGAUGGGAUAUAUUUGUUAUUUGUGUGUGUGUUGUUAAUUGUGAACCUUUUGUUCUUAGGGUUUUAGAGUUGUCCUUUAUUGAAAUUAUAGUUCUUGUAGGGUAAACUUGUUUACAGGUCCUUGGUUUAUGGUGUUUUUGAUUAUAUUAGUUCAUAUAUUGACAUACAUUAAUAUUGCAUGAUUGUCUCUCAAAGGGAUUUUAAUUUUGGUAAGGGUUUUACCUGUUGAAGGGUUUCUAGUUUAUGGAAGUUUUGUUGUUAAGUGUGUAACUAGUCAGGUAUUUCAUUAAUUUACUAUUGGUCAGGCUAAGAAGGGAGUAUAAUCCUGUUCCUCUGGCAAGAGAUGUGUGAGUGCACAAACACAUUUUGUAAGAAUUUCACCCCAAAACACUAUUGUUCUAUUGCUUAUAGACACUAUUGUGAUUCUGGUGUUAGUUAUAUUCACAUAAGUUUUCCUCACAUUUACCUGUGACUAUCUUGAUGGGAUUACUUGUGAAUAUAUUUAUAGGCUUUCAUAUAACUCUCCCAAUAUAUAUAUACGCACACUGUGUAUGUAUUAUAUAUAUAGUGCACUGUUCAGUUACUGGUAAAAAUCAAUAA